AUGCCAGGCAUCACUACCGGCUCGCCCAAGAGCCCGUCGCCCUCGAAGAAGGGCAAGGGCAAGCAGCGUGCCACUUCGUCGCCUUCCGCCUCAUCGCCCAAGGCCGCCUCGUCGCCCGCCCAGCAGCCCGCCAUGGCCUCGCCCAAGCACAAGCAGAGCUCGCCGACCAAGCAGCAGCAGCAGCAGCAGCCCACACCCGCGACCACCGGCGACGCCGACGACAACGAGCUCCUCGCGCUCGCGCAGAGCAUCGCCGACAACGCGCACCUCCUCGUGCGCGGCAAGGGCAGCGACGAGCUCGCCGAGCGUGCUCGGUCGGUCCUCAAGCGCUCGUUCGACCUCGCCCUCGCCUCCGAGUCGACCGCCUUCCCUCACCUCGGCACCCUCCUCGACCAGCUCGCCCCCUCUGCCGGCCCUUCCACCCGUUCGCGCUCGGCAGCCGCCGCCGCCGCCUCGCUCGACGACAACGACGACGACGAAGAGCCGUUCGUGCUCGCGCCGACGCCCAUCCCCGAGUUGACGACCGAGGGCAUGGACGCCGAGAUGGUGUGGGAGCAGAUGGAGCUGCGCGGCCGCACCGUCGACGGCCUCAUGGGGGAGAUGUUCGGACAGGGCGACGAGGACGAGGACGACGAGUUCGACUUUGACGAGGGCGAGGACGACGAGGACGAGCGGUACGGCGCGCGAGGAGGAGAGGGCGAGGACGACGACAAGUCGACCGAGGGCGAGGACCUCGACGACGACGGCGAGGACCUGCCGCAGGUGGCGGCCGAGGAGUACUACCGCCGUCUCGGUGAGGGCAAGGAGGAGGGCCUCGACAGCGAGGACCUGUCGUUCGUCGACACGGGCGAGGACGAGGACCUCGAGCUCGAGGAGGAGGAGGAGGAGGAGCCGGCGCCCGCACCUGCGCCGACCAAGAAGGCCAAGGGCGCCAAGAAGGGCAAGGCGGCGGCCGUCGACGCCGACGCCGACGCCGAACCGGCGAGCACGCUCACGCUCGACAACUUUGACGGCGAGUCCGGGUCCAAGGGUCGGGCAGCUCGUCGCACGCCGUCGGGUCCUCCUUCCGCCGUCGACGAUCAGUUCUUCUCGCUCGCCGACUUCCACCGCGACGCCGACGAGGGCGAGUACCAGAUGGCCAAGCGCCUGCGCGGCGAGGCCCUGUCGGACGACGACGACGACCUCGACGACCUCGACGACGAGAGCGGCGAGGGCGGCAUCGACCUGUUCGCGCCCGUCGGCGGCAUGGGCGGUGGAAACGGCGACAGCGACGACGAGGAGGAGGAGGGCGAUCUCGACGCGGCGGGCGUCAUGUUCCGCGACUUCUUCGACGCGCCGUCCGGCGGGCGAGGGCGCAAGCCGCCGCCCAAGGGCAAGGGCAAGGCGACCGGCGAGGGCAAGGGCAACAAGCCCGCCGCCGCGCCCGCCGCCGCCGACGACGCCGACGACCUCGUCGACGACGACGGCGAGCCGCCCAAGAAGAAGCGCGGCGUGCGCUUUAACGACGCCGUCAAGGUCAAGGAGAUCCCGCACAGACUCGCGGGCAAGAAGCGCGCGGCGGCAGCCGCCGGCGACGAGGACGACGACGAGGAUGCCGAGGGCAUCGAGCGCCUCGAGGACCUCGUCGCGGGCAGCGAUGACGAGGAGGAGAUGGGCGAGGGAGGGUCGGACGAGGAAGAGGACGAGGACGAGGAGAUGGAGGGGCUCGAGGGCGACGAGGAGAUGGACGUCGAUGGAGAGGAGGAGGAGGAGGAGGAGGGCAGCGUCGAGGACGACGAGGACGAGCUCGCCGGCGACCAGAAGGCGAUCGAGCGGUUCAGCAGCGACCUGUUCGGCGACGAGGAGGACGAGGAGGAGGACAAGCACAAGAACCUGUCGCGGCACGAGCGGCGCCUGCUCCAACUCUCGUCGCAGAUCGCGACGCUCGAGCAGGAGAACGUCGGACCCAAGGAGUGGGCGACCAAGGGCGAGGCGCGCACCAAGGACCGGCCGAUCAACUCGCUCCUCGAGGAGGACCUCGAGUUUGAGCGCAUGGGCAAGGUCGCGCCCGUCAUCACCGAGGAGACGACGGCGUCGCUCGAGGACCUGAUCAAGAAGCGCAUCCUCGACAACCAGUUCGACGACGUCGAGCGCCGCGUCGCCGUCGACCCGAACCAGUUCCUCCCGAGCCGGUACCUCGAGCUGCAGGACACCAAGUCGCAGAAGGGCCUCGCCGAGGUGUACGCCGACGAGUUCCGCGACUCGCGCGAGCGCGAGGAGGGCCGCGAGGUGACGCACGAGCUCGACGCCGACCUCCAGAAGCGCCACGACGACAUCGAGGCCCUGUUCGAGGACCUCGCGAGCCGACUCGACGCUCUGAGCAACGCCCACUUCACGCCCAAGGCGCCCAAGGCGACCAUCACGACCAUGUCGAACCUGCCGUCGGUCUCGCUCGAGUCGGCGCUCCCGACGUCGCAGUCGACGACGACGCUCCUCGCGCCCGAGGAGGUCUACACGGCGUCGGGCCCUGACAGCGCGCUCGCGAUCGACAAGGCCGACCUGACGCCGCAGCAGAAGAAGGCGCUGCGGCAAAAGCAGCGCCAGGGCCGCAAGCAGACGGCCGAGCGGGCCGAGCGCAUCCUCGCGAGCCAGGAGCGGCGCAAGGGCGUCCGGGGCGAGAAGGAGGCGGCCGAGCGGCAGCUCAUUGGUGCGAGGGGCGUCACGGUGCUCGGCAAGGGCGGCAAGGAGAAGAAGGCCGAGGGCAAGAAGCGCAAGCGCGGCGACGCCGACGGCAUGGGCGCGGGCACGCCGACCAGCGUCGGGCUCAAGCUGUAGCGGUCUGUGCAUCGCGACCGUCCUUUCACCGAGCCUUUC